AAGGGGCGGGACUAGGGUGGUCCGGAGACGGCCGGGGCGGCGGCGAAACGCCGGAGGGGAAGCGGCGGGGCCGGACGUGGGUUUUUCGUGCAUCUCUGUAGUGCCCGAACCUAGUCCCAGGUGCAUGGAGCCCACGCGAGACUAUCCGCUGUUUGGGGGGGCCUUCUCCGCCACUCUCCCCCCCGGGGCCAUCGACGUGAGCGAUCUCCGGCCGGUCCCGAACAAUCAGGAAGUCUUCUGCCACCGCGUGACGGACCAGAGCCUGAUCGUGGAACUUCUGGAGCAGCAGGCCCACGUGCAGGGAGAGGAGGCUGCGCGAUACCACUUUGAGGACGUUUGCGGGGCGCAGGAGGCUAGGGCUGUGCAAGUGGAAACUGUGCAGCCCCUCUUUUUGGAGAACCUGGCCCUGAGGGGCUGCUGUCAAGAAGCCUGGGUCCUCUCUGGCAAGCAGCAGGUGGCUAAGGAAAACCAGCAGGUGAGGGCAGGGAAUGUGAGAUUCCUGGAGGGGGGGUGGGGUCGGGUAAGCAUCCUGACACUGAUCCCUUUAGGUAGCAAAGGACGUGACGGUGCACCAGGCCUUGCUGCGGCUGCCCCAGCACCAGACUGAUGUCCUGCUCACCUUCAGUCAGCCCCCGUAAGGAGGACAGAUAGGACACAUGGCUCAUGGCUCGGUCCCCAAGAGGAUCUGCUGGGAGGGGAGGCGCAGGGAGACUGGCUGGUGGGGUUCUCCUGGAAACAGGAGGUGGGAACUUCCAAACCCCAGGCCUGGAUGAUGUUCUCUCUCCAUCUGUUCCCCCCACCCUCAAGCCCUGACAACAGGUCAUUUCUUAGCCCUGAAAAUCUGUCACUUCUGCCCUGGAGCCUGGGUGACUUUGAACAGCUGGUGACCAGUCUGACCCUUCAUGAUCCCGGCAUCUUUGGUCCCCAGUAAAGAUCCUGAAGUACCGCGUGACGCUGCUGAAGCACAUGGGGGCCCCGUUCUGCAAGGGGAGCGAGGGUUUGGAGAUACUCCCCUAAUUCCUUCCCUGUGCAUAAACAUAAGACACCUCCUGUCUGCAGAAAUAAACUUGCUUUAUACCCAAGAUAA